AUGGGAGGUUUCAUCAGUUUUAAUGGCUCUUGGAGAGUCCAGGGAAUCCUAGCUAUGUCCCGCUCCCUAGGGGACUACCCACUGAAAAACCUCAAUGUUGUCAUCCCCGACCCUGAUAUUAUGACGUUUGACCUGGACAAACUGCAGCCAGAGUUCAUGAUCCUGGCCUCCGACGGUUUAUGGGACGCCUUCAGUAAUGAAGAGGCUGUUCGCUUUGUCCGUGAACGUCUGGAUGAGCCUCACUUUGGUGCCAAGAGCAUCGUCCUCCAGUCUUUCUACCGCGGCUGCCCCGACAACAUCACCGUCAUGGUGGUCAAGUUCAAAAGUGGAGCUGGGGGGAACAGUAAGGCUGGGGAAUAGGUGAUGUUUAGAGCUGACAUUGUGGUCAGUUUUUCCUAUGAUUGUCCCAUCUUCUGGAUGGAGAAGCAAACACAGAGGACAGGACAGAGAAUAUGAAUGCUGAGUACUGUACUUCUGACAAAUGCGCACACACACAGACACACACAUGCAAAAAGGUGACAUAACAUUUUGUUUUGUUUUUACAUUUUUGGUUGAGAUAAGGGCAUUUUAACACAAUGUCAACCGAGUAGUCAUCUACUAGACUACCUUAAAAUCCAGAUGUUCUCCAACUGUAAAGAUGCAUAAACUAAGGACAAACAAAUAUGAAACAGAUUUUCUUUUAACUAGCACAUUAGACUGUGACUGAUUUGCUACACUUUACUGUAUAUGCACGUGACUAGUAUAGUGCCACUGGAGGCUCCAGCUAGUGCCUACUCGAGAAUUACUGUGCAGCUACAGGAAAAUUCUGAAAACAUCACCCUGCUUGCUGCAAUUUGACGAUGCCCUAAAAUAACGUGUCUUUUUUAUUGUUGACCUGGACAUACUACUGAAACAUAAAAACAAACAUCAGUGGAUCCAGACCGAAAAUGUAACUCUCGAGCACUCAGACCCUCUAAACUUGAGAGGUGAGGUAAAUUGGAAUCUAAAAGUGAGCAGGAGCUCCAGUUGGCUCACUGCUGUGUUGGCAGGAGUCUAACCAAUCACAACUACUGUUACAGAUCUGUGGGUUGCAGUUAAUUUAUUGUUUUAUCUGCACCCUGCUCACACUUAUUUAAAUUAAAACAAUCUUAAAAAGGAGACUGUGCAUUUUAAAGCAGGUAUAACUGCUGAGAUGGAUUACAAAAGGCUAUGAAAGAGGAUUAGGGCCACUGUAAAAAAAAAAAAAAAAAAAAAAAAAAAAAAAAAAAAAUUUGAGUUCUGACUCUAAUCUCAGAAUUCUUUAAGCUUAAAGUCAAAAGUCUGAGUUUAAAGUCGGAACUCAAAUUUUUAGCCGUGGCCCUAAUCCUCUUCCCUAGAAAGGUUUGACAUACAGUAAGUGAGAUUUAAAACCCUUUAAGUAAUUUUGAUUUUACUUAAUGUUAUUUUUACUUUGAACUUUACAAUGCAUUGUUUUGAACCAGAUAUAAUAAACUGAUUAGAUGCAUUCUACUUCUCCAUUAUUUAUAUGCGCAGUGUGCUCCAAAGAUAUGAUUUACCAAAGUAUGACUAAAUGCACAUCUUCUGCAACCUCUUAGACUGUCUUCAGCAUGAUGUAACUGACUAGUGAUGUGCUUGAGACAUUUCAGUUGUUUUCAGAUUUUUCUUACAGUGAAAAUAGUUGUAAAGAAAAAGAUUACAACCACUCUUUUGUAAAAGGAGAAAAAAAUGACAGCAAUUUUUCAUUUUUGCUGGAGAGGAGUGAUACUCAGUUUCCAAUGACAUUUAAACUUGUAACACA